ACGGCGAACUGGUAGUAUUCAACGGCGCUAAUAAUAUAACAAUUUUCGGAAAACAAAUUCCAAUUACUGGCUAUGUACAUUGUGUUGCGGUCAUGUCUAUUCUUGCGGUCUUCUAACAACUAUUCGAAUGAAAUUGCCAACGAUUUUCAGUGACGUCAAUUGUCAAGAAAGAAACCUGUAUUUCCCCACCACCGGAUCUGACCUUACCACUGCCAAUUAUAUAGUCCAUCAUUCUCUCUUCGUUUCUCUAGCACUGUGUCGUGCAUCUCUUGUCAUUCUUGUGACACGUUUUGUAGGCGGCGGUUGGCAGGUUAGAGGCGUUUUGUUUCCUGAUUAACGCGUAUACGUCAUACAAGAAACCUACGGGAUUCAACGAACAAUCUCAGGUACCUUCAGUGUAACAGUUUAACUCUCGAGCAGACAAGAUGAGCUACGGUUAUCAAGGGCCACCUGUUCAAUUCCCGAGACGAGCAGGACCACCAACAUCAUUUGGGGCUCCAUCUGGUACACCCUCUGCCCCUGGUGCUCCGUCUUAUCCUUCAAUGGGCUUCCCAAAUGCACCACCAACAUCUUUUGGCAUGCCUCAACCCUAUAAUCCUUAUCCAACUCAAAAUCAGUCCAUGCCUGUUCCUGGCGGUGCCACCAAUGUGUAUCCCCCGCAACCUAUGCCUAUGCCAAUAUCCAGCAGUUAUUCACCUAGCACACAUUCUAAUUAUCCUGUACCAUCUCCGCAACUUAUGCCCACACCUAGUUAUCUACCUAGCAUGCAUUCUAAUCAUUCUGCACCCUCCCCUUAUCCACAGCAGCAAACUGGUAAUAUGUAUCCUGAUCUCUAUAAAGCACCAGAUAGAGAAUGUUUCAGUAGCAUGGCUCCAUCCUCUUAUCCUUUGCAUGCAACUAGUUCUGUUCCAUACCAAGGCGGAAGCUAUCCCGGGGGGCAGGGGGUUGGCUCGUAUUCUUAUUCUGCUAAUCCACCUACUGCUGUUCCACGUGGUGCUACCCCAGCCCCCCGAAGAGAUCGGUUUACGCCUAAGACUUCCCCUACUGUUGUGCCUUACGAUGCUUUCGAUGCUCGGGCUGACGCGGAAGCUCUAAGAAAAGCUAUGAAAGGAUUUGGCACCGAUGAGAAAAGUAUCAUACAAGUUCUUGCCAAUCGCAGCAAUUUGCAGCGUCAAGAAAUCGCGUCCCAAUUUAAAACUCUUUACGGAAAAGAUCUAAUAAAAGAUCUGAAGUCCGAGUUGUCGGGAAAUUUCGAGAAACUCAUUCUUGCCAUGAUGAUGCCACUACCUCAAUAUUACGCCAAAGAACUUCACGAAGCUAUGUCUGGUCUUGGUACUGAUGAAACUGUGCUCAUUGAAGUAUUGUGCACUAUGUCCAAUCAUGAAAUUUCUAUUAUUAAACAGGCGUACGAAGCGAUGUACGGAAGAACAUUGGAAGACGAUUUGAUUUCUGAUACAUCUGGCACUUUCAAACGCUUAAUGGUGUCGCUGUGUUGCGCCAAUAGAGAUGAAACAUUCAACGUAGACCACGCCGCCGCGAUGGAAGAUGCUAAACAACUUUUACAAGCUGGAGAGCUUCGCUUCGGCACAGAUGAAUCUACCUUUAACGCAAUUCUUGUCCAGAGAAAUAUGGCGCAGUUGCGACAGAUAUUCAUAGAAUACAACAACAUAACAGGUCAUGACAUUGAAACAGCCAUUGAAGAAGAAUUUUCUGGUGACAUCAAAAAGGGUCUUCUCGCGAUUGUAAAAUGCGUCAAGAACAGAGCCGGUUUCUUUGCCGAACAAUUGUACAAAAGCAUGAAAGGUCUUGGAACGGACGACAGCCGCCUUAUUCGAUUGGUUGUGACUCGUAGUGAAAUAGAUAUGGGUGAAAUAAAGGGCGUGUUUUACCAAGAAUAUGGACAGUCGUUAGAAGAUUUUAUAUCUGGUGAUUGCUCAGGGCACUACAAGAAAUGUUUAUUGGCACUAAUAUCUUAAAAUAUUUUUGCAGUCGCAUUGUUCCAUUGCAUUUAUCAUUUAUCUGUUUAUGUACGAUACAUAAGACGUCAAGGUUUUAAUUUUUUUUAAUGCGCGUUUUAAUUUUUUUAAAUAUGUUCUACAGAUACACACGGGUAAAUAAUUUUUUACACACAGAUGACUUACAUGUACGAAUUUUGUAUCGUACGUAGUAUGAAUACUUAACUGAGAGAUUUCGUAAAAUUUGACAGUUUUAUGUGUCUACAUAUAUGCGUAAAAUUUUUGGUUAGAAGUUGAUGAAUAAGAUUAAAACACGUUCUUUGCGCACGAUCAUCUCUGAUCUUAUAAAAGUAACAAAGAGUAAACAUGUAUGACAUACGCGUUUUUAAAAACUCAAUAUAAUUUUUUAAGUUUUAAGUUAGAGUUUAACAUGUAAUCAAUAAGAGAGUCUAUAAGGAAAAAUGGAUAAUUUAAAAAAAAAAAACUCCAAUUUAUAUACACAUACACAUUUAAAACUAAUCAAAAUUGAAUGUUCCUAUAUCGUAAACGCCUAUAACACGAAAUAUAACUUUGACAGAUGAAAUUUGACGGAUGAAAGUUUCGAUAACAGCGUGCCAAUAUGUGUAUUUUAUAGAACGAAUCUCAUAUAAAGAGAUUUAUAAUAUGUAAAGAGAAUCUCGCGCAGGAAUUGUCUAUAGCUUUGUUACUUGCUCUAUGAAAGAAAAUAUAUAUUUUUUGCACUUUA